AAUAGACCAACGAUAGAUCCACUCACUGUGUGUAACUGUGUUAGUAUAGAACAACGCAGUUCUAAACGCUAAGUUUCUGGGAAGUCAUACAAAAUUAAGAGCUUUACAGUGCAUGUAUCUAGUAUGGAGGACAGUUAGAAAGGACAAAGGAUAAAUAUAUACAAUGCACAAACAAUGAGGAGACUGCUCCGGUACUACAAUGGAAGCCAAUAAGAAUCUAACCCUGGACCUAGGACUUCCCUCUACAGUCUCUCCAGCACCAACCACAAAUUCUACCCCAAUUGACCCUGCUAAGGAGCAUGAAGAACUUGUGUUAAACAUUGUAAUUCCAAUAUUUGUAAUCAUAGCAUUCAUUGCUACACUUUUCAUGGUCUUCCACUGGCCCAGUAAACAAGCUGAUCCAGAGAGUUCUGGUAACUUGGAACUUAAACCUAUGCAGGGCAAAGCAAAGGAGGGAAGAAAAAAGAGGAAAAGAUAUGGCAGCAUCAAUGAAGCUUGUGAUGAAGAAUUAGAAAUUGUUCAAGAAGUGAAAUAAAUACAAUAUAACAUUUCUCA